AUACAAUAUGGCGUAAAAGUUAGCACACGCUGAACACGCGGUUUGGGUUGCUGGAUGGAUGUUUGUCAAAGCUGAAUUCAUUUUGCACCAAUUUUGUGGCUCUUCCCGUGAAAUUCUCUGCGGAUAUGAACAGAGCAGAGAUGAUUGUAACGUUGAGCAAAUGGAAAUGGCCAGUGAUGGGUGUUACAGCUGCCUUCGUGGGCUCCAUGUACACAUUUGGUUUCAACAGAAACCUCAAACUUCAAGCAAGCACUGGAAAUGAAGAUGCCUCCGGCUCUCUUGGAUUACGAGACCUUUUGCAAAAACUUAUUCACAGCUUUGUUCAGGGUCCCAAAGGCCAAGAGAAACCUCCUCUAAGUCCGAAAGAGGCAAGCGAGAUCUUGAGAAGGAAUGAAAGAAGAACGGAUGUGAAUAUUGGAAGAGUGUCUUACUAUGAAAGUAAUAAUUUUGCCUCGAAUAGUCCUUCUGAAGAUCGGAACAAUGAGUGGCUUUUUCUGAGAACAAACGGAGUGGCUUUCGGUGUGUUUGAUGGACACGGUGGCUGGCAAUGCGCUGAAGUGAUAAAACACCGUUUACCCUUCUACAUCGCCUUAACCCUCCUAUCAAAGGUGGAUUUGAACCUCUUGGAGCGGGAUCAUUUAAAAUCUUUAACAGUUGACAACUUUGUGUCAAGUUUUCAGCAGGGCAAAUCUCAAACGGGAGAAAGUAACUCCAAAGUGGGUUAUACGUUAAGUCAGAAACAAGAAGUUUUUCACACUGGACCCAAAUAUCUGGUAAAGAAUUUACUCGAGAAACCUUUUGAAGAUAGAAUGCCUAUUGGUGAAUCCCUCAGUUUGGCUUUUACGCAGUUAGAUGAUGACAUCGCAACAGAAGCGAUACCAGUGAGAGUUCUUGAUGAAUCUUUCGCCACUGGGGUCUCAGGUGCUUGUGCUAUAGUGUCCUACGUUGAGGACCGUAAUCUUUAUGUUUCCAAUACAGGUAACGUAAAAAAUCAUACUUGAGCUGACUCUGGAAGGCUUACUUUAAUAUACAAAAAUAUACAUGUAAGAAAUCACUCGACAAACUGGUGAAAAACACUUUAAAGAUCUUUAAAAAUUAGAUGUUUGUUUGUUCAUGAUGCAAUGCAGUAGUUCAAAGGUUUUUUACUGAAACGUCAUUAAUAAUUUAUGGUAACAACACAGCACGAAGUUUGAUUGACCUCUAUCACACUCUUAGCACCUGGAGAGCCAUGGUUGGAUGACGACGAAAUAAAAGUGUUUCUGAAGUUAUGAAUUUUAUGAAAAUCAUCUAUGAGAACUGCGGGGUGAAGAAUUAAAUGAAAGAAGAUUAUCGCAGUUGUAAAACGCAACUUUUGCAGUUGUGAAAAAAAAGCCUGAAAAAAUUCAGGCUUGUACGGGAUUCAAACUAUUGACCUCUCUGAUACCGUUGCAGCGCUCUAGCUACCAAUUGAGCUAACUGGGAGCAGGUCGUUGAAUUGUUUGGUGUUAAACCCGUGGAAGGUUGAUGAUGAAGUUGUGAAUAUUUAGCAAUUAUUGAAUGAGGCUGAGUAGGAUAUAAAGAAUUCUGCAGAUCAAGGAGGGUGUUUUCCACUGAGGCCGAAGGCGGAGGUGGACAACACCCUCUGAGAUCUGCAGAAUUCUUCAUAUCUUGCAAUAGCUAAAUUCAAUAAUUGCUUUAUUAUUCAUUCAAAAUAAUUCCAACGUUAAAAACAAGCUAAAAAUGAUUACCUUGGUCGAUGUUAAGUUCACAUCGAUAGUGCAUCUUUUUCGGGAAAUUUAGUAGAUAAAGGUCUGCUCAGGUCUGCAAAUAUUCUCCAACAGCAGAUGUUGUCCGUCAAGUUGCUAUGUUGUUAGAUAAUAUUUCGCCAUGAAACGAGUACAAUGUCCUUCCGACAGUUCCGCCGUUUUGUUCAAACAACCAAAACAACUCAACCUCGUCCCCAGGUUUCCUCGGGCAACGGUUCAAUACGACAAAUUAUUGAACCGAUGACGUCAUUUUGACAUCAUCGGUUCAAUAUGACAGUUCAGCCACUGGUGAUGGUGAAUUAUGCGUGUGGUUUUACCCAAUCAGAAACGGGAAAUAUUUUGAAUGAAUAAUAAGUAUAAUUCUUCAUCCCGCAGUUGUCAUAUAUGAUUUUCAUGUAUUCAUAACUUCAUCAUCAUCCUUUCACUGGUUAAUAAUAUGAAACAAUUCAACGACCUGCUCCUAGUUGGCUUGUUAGCUAGAAUAUUGGUAGAACGCUGCACAGUAUUGUAGAGGUCAAGAGUUUAAAUCCCAUACAAGUCUGACUUUUUUCAGGCUUUCUUUUCGCAACUACAAAAGUUGCCUUAAUAUCUGCGAUGAUUUUCUUUCAUAUAAAAGUUUUUGUACAACUGAUACAAAUGCUGAGUGCCCCAAGUUUCAUAGAUUCCAGACAAAUGCUCUUUAGGCACAGCCUUGCACGAUGAUUGUUGGUAACACGAUACAGUGAAACCUCGAUAGAUAACGGGAGUGCAUGGUAUAAUGAACAACAUUAUUUUUUUGCACCAGCAACAGUAAAAUAUGAGGAAAAGAACCUUUUUGUAGUAAAGCCUUAUUGUAGCAAAUGUAUUUUGCCAGUUCCUUGGCCCUUUGUUAUAUUGAUGUUCUACUGUACCAUGUUGUGAGUAACUGAAUCUUUUGGGGUUGUUUCAGGUGAUUGUAGAGCAGUCUUGGGAAGCUUAAAGGAAGAUGGUUCUUGGGUGGCCACUCCACUGUCAAUUGAUCAAACUGCAGCUAAUCCAGAAGAAGCGACUAGACUUUAUUCAGAACAUCCUGGGGAGGAGGGUUUUGUCAUCAAGAAUGGUCGUCUGUUAGGACAGUUGCAGCCUUUGCGAUCUUUUGGUGACAUUCAAUAUAAAUGGGAUAAAGUAACACAUUCCCAUGUAUUGACACAGGUAUACGGUGGCCCAAUAGUGCCACCAAGUAUGUACAGAUCACCGCCUUAUCUCACUGCAAAGCCUGUGGUUACUCGGCACCAUCUACAACCCCAUGACAAAUUUCUAAUACUUGCAAGUGAUGGCUUGUGGGACAUGCUUAGCAGUGAACAAGCAGUUGGAUUAGUGGCUGAUUUACUAAAGCAAAAAAGUGAAAACAGAUUAUCCAAGCCUGCUGAUGAUACUUCUCCAGGGCAGGGUGUACUGUUGGAACAAAAUGCUGCUACUCAUCUGAUCCGACAUGCCUUGGGUGGUAAUGACCAUAGCUUUGUGGCCCAAAUGCUGUUGGUUCCAGAACAGUAUCGACGUAUGUGGCGAGAUGACAUCACUGUGACUGUAGUGUUUUUCAAUUCAAAUACCUUUUUGUCCAAGCUUUAAACAAAUUUAAACUACUGUCCCAAUAGUUAUUACAAUUGAACCUGCAGCCAAAUAUGAUUUUGUUCAAAAACAUGCAUACAAAUAAGAUUAACCUCAUUUCCAUGUCAAAAGCUAUAAAUAACAUUUAUAGAUCUAGAGGAUACUACAUUGCUGUCCAGAGAUAUGAAAUUUCUCUUCAAGUGUUGAAAAAUACGCGAACGAGUGAAAUAUUUUUCAACACAAGAAGAGAAAUUUUGUAUCUCCAAGCAGCCAUGUAAUGUUCUGUUCAUUAUAUUAUUAAAUACCAGUGAAAUGGCAAAAAAAUAUUUAAGUGAAAUGCUUUGGCGCAAAAGCUGUGAUUUAUCAUGUAGCCAUAGCAGUGGUGAUCUUUUCACAUGUGAAAAUAACUUGUUAUUUUCACGUGUGAAGAUAUCAUGUUUUUGUGCGAAAGCUUGCCUGGUAUUUCAUUGGUGUUUAUUAAAAUAUUAAACCUUGUAUUUUAGGAUAAUAGGGAGAGCGCAUGAUCUCAGGCUAAUGCACCCCUUCAAUAAUUUGUUAUUGAGGAGGAAAGCCAGAAGUCAACUAUCAAAGCAAAUAGAAAUUAGGAUUGAGCCUUCUUGUUCCUCAGUAAAAAUCUGCUAGUAUUCUGUUGCAGACAAUUUUCUGGGCAUCUUUAUAAAUUAUUGGUGAAAAAACUCUUUUCCGUGCCAGCUAUACGCAACUAUUAGCUGAUAGAUAGCAAGAAAGUCAACCAAUCAGAAUGCAGGAUUUGCAUUAGACUACUAAUAGAAUUUGCUGGACAGGUGCACUGGAAAAUCUUCUAUAGUGACUAAGAAAAUCAAAGAUUGCUGUGAGAAUGAAAGUAUAAGCUCUUUAUUUUUCAUACCACUGAAGGAUGCAUUUGCACUUUAGGCCAAAUUACAGAAUAUGCUCUUAACAAAUAUGAUUGAUGGUAUUAAACUCUGUUUCACAGCAUGCAUUACCCAGCUGAAGGGUUGGGAAAUGUAAGGUUAUCUCUUUUAAGUACUAAUAGCUGGAAUAGCAAUAAAAUAGAUAGGC